AUGUUGUUGCUGUGGUAUUGUGUGUUAGUUGUUGCUGUGGUUCUUGGUGAUGUUGUUAUAGGUAUUGUGGCUGUUGUUGCUGUGGUUCUUGUUGAUGUUGUUAUAGGUAUUGUGGUUGUUGUUGCUGUGGUUCUUGUUGAUGUUGUUGCUGUGGUUCUUGGUGAUGUUGUUAUAGAUAUUGUGGCUGUUGUUGCUGUGGUUCUUGUUGAUGUUGUUAUAGGUAUUGUGGAUGUUGUUGCUGUGGUUCUUGUUGAUGUUGUUAUGGGUAUUGUGGCUGUUGUUGCUGUGGUUCUUGUUGAUGUUGUUAUAGGUAUUGUGGAUGUUGUUGCUGUGGUUCUUGUUGAUGUUGUUAUAGGUAUUGUGGUAGUUGUUGCUGUGGUUCUUGUUGAUGUUGUUAUAGGUAUUGUGGCUGUUGUUGCUGUGGUUCUUGUUGAUGUUGUUUUAGGUAUUGUGGCUGUUGUUGCUGUGGUCCUUGUUGAUGUUGUUAUAGGUAUUGUGGUAGUUGUUGCUGUGGUUCUUGUUGAUGUUGUUAUGGGUAUUGUGGCUGUUGUUGCUGUGGUUCUUGUUGAUGUUGUUAUAGGUAUUGUGGAUGUUGUUGCUGUGGUUCUUGUUGAUGUUGUUAUAGGUAUUGUGGUAGUUGUUGCUGUGGUUCUUGUUGAUGUUGUUAUAGGUAUUCUGGUUGUUGUUGCUGUGGUUCUUGUUGAUGUUGUUUUAGGUAUUGUGGCUGUUGUUGCUGUGGUCCUUGUUGAUGUUGUUAUAGGUAUUGUGGUAGUUGUUGCUGUGGUUCUUGUUGAUGUUGUUAUAGGUAUUGUGGAUGUUGUUGCUGUGGUUCUUGGUGAUGUUGUUAUAGAUAUUGUGGCUGUUGUUGCUGUGGUUCUUGUUGAUGUUGUUAUAGGUAUUGUGGAUGUUGUUGCUGUGGUUCUUGUUGAUGUUGUUAUGGGUAUUGUGGCUGUUGUUGCUGUGGUUCUUGUUGAUUUUGUUAUAGGUAUUGUGGCUGUUGUUGCUGUGGUUCUUGGUGAUGUUGUUAUAGAUAUUGUGGUAGUUGUUGCUGUGGUUCUUGCUGAUGUUGUUAUAGGUAUUGUGGAUGUUGUUGCUGUGGUUCUUGGUGAUGUUGUUAUAGAUAUUGUGGCUGUUGUUGCUGUGGUUCUUGUUGAUGUUGUUAUAGAUAUUGUGGCUGUUGUUGCUGUGGUUCUUGUUGAUUUUGUUAUAGGUAUUGUGGCUGUUGUUGCUGUGGUUCUUGGUGAUGUUGUUAUAGAUAUUGUGGUAGUUGUUUCUGUGGUUCUUGUUGAUGUUGUUAUAGGUAUUGUGGUAGUUGUUGCUGUGGUUCUUGUUGAUGUUGUUAUAGGUAUUGUGGUAGUUGUUGCUGUGGUUCUUGUUGAUGUUGUUAUAGGUAUUGUGGAUGUUGUUGCUGUGGUUCUUGGUAUUGUGGCUGUUGUUGCUGUGGUCCUUGUUGAUGUUGUUAUAGGUAUUGUGGUAGUUGUUGCUGUGGUUCUUGUUGAUGUUGUUAUAGAUAUUGUGGCUGUUGUUGCUGUGGUUCUUGUUGAUGCUGUUAUAGGUAUUGUGGCUGUUGUUGCUGUGGUUCUUGGUGAUGUUGUUAUAGGUAUUGUGGUAGUUGUUGCUGUGGUUCUUGUUGAUGCUGUUAUAGGUAUUGUGGAUGUUGUUGCUGUGGUUCUUGUUGAUGUUGUUAUGGGUAUUGUGGCUGUUGUUGCUGUGGUUCUUGGUGAUGUUGUUAUAGAUAUUGUGGCUGUUGUUGCUGUGGUUCUUGUUGAUGUUGUUAUAGGUAUUGUGGCUGUUGUUGCUGUGGUUCUUGUUGAUGUUGGUAUAAAUUUUCUUUAG